CACUUUACAGCUCCUUUAUCUCUUUCCCUCUGGCUGCCUUCUUGGCUCUUGCUGAAUCCCACAAAGCAGAAGAGACAUGCCGGGUGAAGGUGCAGUAGAGGAAUCAAAGGUUCUUCUACUAGGAGAUCAUUUUGGUCCCAGACUUGAAGAAGAUGAUCAAGAUCAGAGUCUUACGAAGAGAGUUUGGAUUGAAUCAAAGAAGCUGUGGCAGAUAGUGGGUCCAGCAAUAUUUAGCCGCCUUACCUCUUAUUCAAUGCUUGUUAUCACCCAAGCUUUUGCUGGUCACUUGGGUGACCUCGAGCUUGCUGCCAUCUCCAUUGCCAAUAAUGUCAUCGUCGGCUUCGACUUCGGUCUCUUGCUGGGGAUGGCUAGUGCACUGGAAACGUUAUGUGGGCAAGCUUUUGGGGCCAAAAAAUACUACAUGUUGGGCGUAUACAUGCAGCGUUCGUGGAUCGUGUUGUUCGUGUGCUGCAUCCUGCUUUUGCCUCUAUAUCUCUUCGCCUCUCCAGCGUUGAAGCUUUUGGGGCAGCCAAAAGAUGUAGCAGAGCUUUCUGGGAUUGUUUCAGUGUGGAUGAUACCACUUCACUUCAGCUUUGCGUUUCAAUUUCCAUUACAAAGAUUCUUGCAGAGUCAGCUUAAGAAUACAAUAAUUGCAUGGAUCUCUUUAGUGGCUCUGUUGGUGCAUGUGAUGGUUAGUUGGCUGCUUGUGUCCAAACUUCAGCUUGGAGUAAUUGGCACAGCCAUGACGCUAAACUUUUCUUGGUGGGUUCUAGUUUUUGGACAUCUGGGUUACACCGUCUGCGGUGGCUGUCCGCUCACAUGGAAUGGAUUCUCAAUUGAAGCCUUCUCUGGUCUCUGGGAAUUCACAAAACUCUCCGCCGCUUCCGGCGUCAUGCUCUGCUUGGAGAAUUGGUAUUAUAGAAUACUCAUCUUGAUGACUGGGAAUCUGAAGAAUGCAGAGAUUGCAGUAGAUGCCUUAUCCAUAUGCAUGACCAUUAAUGGCUGGGAGAUGAUGAUUCCUCUUGCAUUCUUUGCAGCCACCGGAGUGAGGGUGGCAAAUGAGCUAGGAGCAGGAAAUGGGAAGGGAGCAAAAUUUGCAACAGUGGUUUCAGUGACAACAUCAGUGAUAAUUGGGAUAUUCUUCUGGGUAUUGAUCAUGAUUUUUCAUAAUCAGCUUGCCUUGAUAUUCACUUCCAGUGCUUCUGUUCUCAAAGCAGUCAGCCAUCUCUCUAUUCUCCUAGCUUUCACUGUUUUGCUCAACAGCGUUCAGCCUGUUCUCUCUGGGGUUGCAGUGGGAUCUGGAUGGCAAAAGUAUGUGGCAUAUAUAAACUUGGGUUGCUAUUAUCUGAUUGGUGUUCCAUUGGGAUUCUUGAUGGGUUGGCUCUUUCACUUUGGAGUUCUGGGAAUUUGGGCUGGAAUGAUAUUUGGUGGGACAGCAAUUCAAACGUUGAUACUGGCCAUAAUUACCAUUAGGUGUGACUGGGAGAAGGAGGCAGAGAAAGCAGCCUUGCAUUUAAAGAAAUGGUCCGAAGUAAAGUGAAAAAGAAAAAAAAAAAUUGAAGACGGGCUUCUAUGAUGUGAAAUGAGGGAUUGUUAUUAAUACUAGUGAUCUGAUCUCUCACUUGUAGUGGUUCUUUGAUUUUGAUUUUGGAAUCAAAAUCCACUUCUGUAACCAUUGCUGCCUAUAUAAUAGUUAAUCAAUUGAAAUGUAUUUUGUUUUCCUUUA